AACGCCGUGGCUAUGAUGAGAAAUUCGGACGUGCUGUAAACAUCUCCUGCUGCGUCUUUUCUCUCUCUCGAGUUUGCAAGCCAUAUUCUCUCGUUACACGCUUUUCCGCCACAUCAAAAGAUGCAGACCUCAAUGCAGAAAAUCUGCACCGCGAUGGGAAGCCAUCGCACCUUCCUUCUCGGCAGGAGCCUCAACGUUCAACAGACUGCUGGUCUGAAGAGGUCCGUUGAGGCUAAGCUUGGUAUUCCAUCGAAGCCAGUCAAGCCUCUGAGUGCCUUCUUCAGGUUCGCUGCCCAGCUCAGACCCAACCUGCUCAAAAGCCAUCCUGAUCUCAAGGCAACGCAGGUUUCCAAGGUUGCAGGUGUUGAGUGGUUGAAGCUGAAUGCCCAGCAAAAGCAGCAGUAUGAGACUCCGUACAAGAAGGAGUACAAUACUUACCUGCAGGCCAUGGACAAGUACAAGAGCAGUCUCACCGAAGAGCACAAAAGCAAAAUCAAUGAAGCAGAGCAAGAGAUCAAACAAAAGAAGACUAGGCGGGAGAUCAAGCAGAAAAGUGAAGAACUUGGUAAACCCAAGAAACCUGCCAGUUCCUUCAUCCUAUACUUGCAAGAAAAUGCUUCCAAGCGAGGAGAUACCCCGGUGAAAGAUUGGGUGACAAAAGUUGGUGAAUCCUGGAAGAAAUUGAGUGCUGCCGAAAAGGCCAAGUAUGAGACGCGUGGCAAACAGCUUCGCAAAGAUUACGUCAACAAUCUGGAGAAGUGGGAGGACAAGAUGGUGCGCCAGGGCAACCUUGCACUGGUGCGCACUGGGGUGAUGCAUGCCAAGCAGGCCAAGGCCAUUGCCAAAUCCACCAAGAAUACCUUGGUCAAGAAGCCAGCGGCCAAGAAAAAAAUAUUUACCUUGAUGGGGAGACAUCGCACCUUCCUUCUUGGCAGGAGCCUUAACCUACAGCAGGCUACCAGUUUUGUAACAAGGGCCACUGAAGACAAAUACGGCCUUCCUAAGAGGCCCAUGAGGCCUACCAGCCCUUUCUUUAAGUUCCUUGCUCAAAUCAGGCCUGAAUUGGCUAAAACUCACCCAAGCAACGAAAUUUUAAAGCUUGCUUCAAUGGAGUGGAAGAAGGUAGGUGGUGAGCAAAGGCAGCAAUGGCAGAAUGAUUACAAGAAGGAUCUUGCAGAAUACCAACAGGCUGUGGAAAAUUUCAAAAAUCAUCUCACCGAGGAACAAAAAAAUUUAAUUCAAAUAGCAGAGCAGAAAGUAAAAAAUGUGCAAGUCAAGAAGGCGCUUAAAAAGCUAAGGAAGGAACAGAACAAACCUAAGAAACCAUUGCCAUCUUUUAUGGUUUAUCGGAACGAGAGUUUAAAAAACCGGGGAGAUGUUCCCAUGAUGGAGUGGACGUCAAAAGUGGCCCAAGCGUGGAGGGAGAUGAGCAAAGAGGAGAAAGAAAAGUAUAAUGCUGCCAGAAGAGAACCAUUUAAAGAUUACCAAGAAAAAUGUCAGUUGUGGGAGGAAGAAAUGAUAAAAACGGGCAAUGUGACCCUGGUGAGAGCUGCAGCGCUCAAGUCCAUGCUUGAGAAAGCUUUAAAAGAUAUGAAGGGCAGAACCAUUCGGAAGCAACCCAAGAGCUAGGUUUAGUGGUGAUGAGCAAACCGCCAGCCAAUCACAAAUAUGGAUAUUUAUGUUGUGUUUGUGACUGAAUGAUCUGAUUGAAGAAAUUUGGUGCUUUGUUUCAUUGCAUUAUUUUUCAUUUAUUUUUAAGAGUGCUGAAUCAACAUUUUGCCUAUACUAAUGCUGAAUUCGCCUAACUUAAUUGUAUAAAAUUUAUUUCUAAAUAAGAAAUAAUAUGGUCACUGACACAGAUAAUAUUGUCCAAUCUCUGGGUCUAUCGCAUUUUUUCUUAUGGGAAAGUGGAAGAUCGGACAAUAUUUAGCAGUUGAUAUGCAUCAGGAAUUUUUUUGUAAUAAAAAAAAAACAAUAGAAAAUAAGUGAUAAUUCAGAAAUCAAAUAAAUACUUUUGUUCAUUAA